AGGUACUGAUUUGCAGUUACAGAAAAAUGUUAAAAAUUUGGUGAUUCCCACCUCUACGAAAUACAGUGAAGGCUCCAAACACUGGACCCUUUGGUAGUCUGGCUGGGGGCCACAGGUCCUUUGUUUGACAUCCUUGAUGUAGGCCAUCCAUUCUUGUUGAUGAAUGCAGUGAAUAUUGUGGAUUGUUUUAAAAAAUGUAACUAGAAUUACACUUCAGCAUGCUUUAUCAUAUGUUUUACCAAAAAUAUAAAAUAUUGCUUAGUUCCUUAGUCGUGAAGUAUCAGUGCUGUCUGUAUUAAAAUACACACCAUGUCUGAUGGUUCGAGCUCACCGGCCUCUCCCUGUUGUUUUGCAGGAAACCCCUCGUCACUUGGAUGUGGAAUGGGCGCUCUACAGCCACAUGUCAACGCCGGUGGAGGUCAGAUGUACCCGCAGCAGGUCCAUCAGGGCAUGCAGCAAGCAGUGGUAUCUCAUCCUGCCUACCAGGGGCAGCAGCACUUCUCCGACAACCCGCCCUACGCUGACAGCAACAACGCCAACUCCGGCUCCAUGGCCUGCCUCUACCAGAACUACCAGCAGGGGAUGCUGCCACACCCACAAUUUGGGGAGGAGCAGCAGCCCCAAGGUGAGGGACUUCCUGCGGGUACGCCUAGCUCUGACAGAGCCCCCGGCGGAGGGCCAGAAUCUGUGGACGCCAUCUACAGAGCUGUUGUGGACGCAGCCAGCAAAGGCGUGCAUGUAACCAUCACCACGACAGUGAGCGGGACAACGCAGGCGAGUCCAGUGCACGCCCUCAGUGCCAUGAGUGCCUUCACUGCCUCCAUAAGGGAACCUGUCAACCUCCCCCAGGCAGUCAGCGCAGUCCUGCAUGGGCACCAGGAAGGGGAGACCAUACCCCAGCAAGCCAGAGUGCGGCAGGUGAGGCCUGGGCGGGGUCAGAAGAACAUGGAUCCAGGGAAGAGCACUCCGGAUGGCCCUGAAGCCAAUGAUUACUUCCGUUCUCCUGGACGCGGGACUCCCAGGGGGCAGUGGGAUGGGGACACUCAUCAUGGGGGAGGCUUUGACAGUCAAAACAACAACAACAACGCCUGGGGUGGUGAGGAGUUCCUGGAGUGCUCGACCCAAGUAAGGAGUAGUCCCUGCAUGGAGAGACCUGCCAGUCUGGCCCCUGCGCCACCCUGCCCCACCGAUGGGUCCAACGACCACGGCCUGGUGAUGGCCCACGAUAAGGCCUACCUCGAUGAUAGCUUCCGGUUCAACAACUGCGGUCGGGCACCAGCUAACUACAAGGAACGUCUGGAGCAGACGGUGGAACGUUGCGCCCAUCUCAACGGCACCACGCCCCACUUCAACACCCGGGGCUACGGAGAAGUCCUGGGCCCUCCACGGCAGGAUGACGACCAGUCACCCAGCUCCUCCACGAGCCUGGAGGGCCCUCUGGCUACAGCCAAAGACUACAGCCACUACAACGGCCACUUCAAUGGAAUGGCGCCCAGCCCUUCGGACACGAAGAGCCUGAGCAGUGAGGAGGACCUCCGGCAGCCAGACUCGCCCUCGUCGGAGCUGCUCCACUACCGGUCCAGGACCUUCAACAUGGGAGAGCUGGUCUGGGGCCAGCUGAAGGGCUUCCCGCCGUGGCCUGCAAAGCUGGCCGGGGAUGAGCAAGUGCACAGCGCUGCCAUGCAGCUGCGGGAGCAGGCCAAGGUAGAGCCAGAGAAGCUGAAAACACUAACUCAUGACUUGGAGGCAUUCGACCGCGCCGCCAAAAGAGGCCUAAAACCGGGGAAACUGAAUAAUCACUUGGAAGCUGCUAUCCACGAGGCCAUGAGCGAGCUAGACAAGAUGUCGGGCACAAUCCCGUCGAGGGAUCGUCAGGUGAAGCUCCCCAAGCCGAAGAGGAGGAAGAUAUCCAGAUAACAUUGAAUGUGUUGGCCCAAGAACGUCCUCAGAGCCUUUCGGAGACUUUGUCCGUUCAGCCUUGAUGCGAUCUGAGCUCUCUAACAGGUGCUACACGUGGACUUUCAGUGGUACAUCGUUGUUCCAUGAUAUCAACUUGACUUAAUGACUGACCACAGAAGGUGCUGGAAAUUCCAAUCACCACUACAGUUUAUAGACUGUAGGAAAAAACAUGAAUACAGAAAAACAUCAAAAACGGUUGCAAUUUGUCUACAGCUCACUGAAUUAACUAUUUUUUUCUAGUAUAAGAUAGUAAAAUAAACAAAAAAAGCUACAAGCAUUACCUUACAUAUUUAAGAAAAAUAGACAGUCCAAAUAUUUCUGAUACAUUUUCAAUAUGUAUAUAGAUAAUCCUGAAAUUUCAUGCUAUUAAGAAUUGUAUGUAAAUAUUGUACAAUGUCAUGUACAACCGUACCUAAUGCACAUUUUAUCUUUUAUUGUACAAAACAAAGCAGAAGUGUACCAAUGUCUUGGUUUCUAUUCAGAAAUGCGGUCGCAUAUGGCCGCAUGCAUAGGAUAAAUAAGAAUACAGCCUAAAGCUUUUAUAUGAUGAACUGUAAGAUGUGCUGUUUUCUUUUUUCUUUCUUUUUCUUUUCUUUGUUGUUUUAUUUUUGUAAGGGAACAGCGAUGAAACUGACAUGAGCUCACCAUAACAGUAGUCACUCCAGCUAAGUGUUCAUUUGUAAUGGGGAGAAAAAACAGUUCAAAAAACACAGAAUGAACUUUACCAGCAGAAAGUGUUCAGUGUCCCACCUCACCCACACCCUGUAUCCCUACCCUCCCACACACCCACACCCUGUAUCCCUGUCCACCCACAGCCUGUAUCCCUCCCACCGAGACCCCAGCCGGCUCCACCAGUCACCACGUUGACAGGAAAGUCGUGUUACUUGGUCUGGUUCUGGGUUUUUCAGGUGUUGUAAUUUAUGAACAAAAACUUUUUUUGAGUGUUUUCAGAAGGAAAAAUCCACUCAGACACUUAAUUUUCCAAAACCUCCACAAUGAUUGUUUUUAGAAGAGGUUCAUUCAUUUAAAGUAAAAAUGAUGGGGGAAAAGUCCUAAACAUGGGUUGUCCAGCUUCUGAAACGGCAAGACUUUUUUUUAUGUUGUUGUAAAUUAAAUGCUAUUAAUUAAUGUUGGACUUCAGAAGUUGAGCUCUUUCUGCCAGCGUGCUUACAUGCACUGUAGUUAACUCCGCUGACGUUACAUCUGCUGGCUGUGCAGAGUUUUUAACUGGAACAAGUGUACAUUGCAAAACAAGUUUUAGCCCAUUUUAGGCUACUGAAAUGAUGAAUUGAUGGAUAUUGGUGGUCUUGGUGCAUCUCUGAAAAACAUCCCUGAUUUAAUGAUUUCAGUGGUUUGGGGCUGAGGUUUUUUGUGGUUUCUGAGUUGCGGCACAGAAUAACGGAAUGAGGAACCAGUUUUGAGGCUGCGUAGCGUCGGGUAGCAAGUGAGUUGGGGUUGUUUCAGUGGCAGGAGAUUAAUUUUGAACAGAAUUUCAAGGGGUGCAUGAGUGAAGUGUCUGGAUUUCUUAGGUAGCCCAUCCCAAAUUUAAUGUCAUGAGCAGUUCCAACAUUGGGGUUGGCCAUUUUUGGUUGCCUUUGGACCGUUGGUCUUUGGUUAGCAUUUAUAGAUUUGGCACCAGAUAAUAUGACCCUGAGCUAUCUUGUCUUGUCUUAGAUGCCUUUAGCUUACCUUUAAACAGCUUUGAGAACCCCACAUAGGGUUGCAUUACACAGUGACACAGUAGCUUGGGGUAGUAUCAGUGAACACAAUUUCCAAUAGCAGCCCAGCCCAUAAUCUCUGAUGUCAGUGGUUCCAGCUUUGUGACUGGCAAUUUUGCAGUGCUGUUGGGAGUGGCAGUUUUUAUUUUGUAAAAAUCUAUGGAAUAGGCGUCAGAUUUGGCGUCAGCUUGAUGGAUGUAGCGCAGCCACUUCUGCCUUGUUGUGUCUUGAGGACCAGCCCGCAUUUUGACAGUUUUAAAACAAAUGUAAUAAAGUAUUAGGUUGUACAAGUUUAAGUAACUUCUUACAGUAGCUUCUCCCACCAGUGGGUCCAAAUUUGAGACCGGCAUUUUGUUUUAGUGUUUGUUUUCUGUUGGGGGGGCGGCAUGCUAAUGCCUUGCUAAUGCCAAUGUUUUUGGGAUCUAUACAAGUUGUUUUUUGAGGGGCAUGCAUCUGUAAUACACUGUAAAACAAGAGGUAGUAGAUACUGGGGGUUGAACAAGGGUUGGGGAAAGUUCUCUGGAACUACAAUCAUAAUGGAAAGAAUCUGUGUGCUGUCUGUUUGAAAUCACUGUGCAUUUCAUGUAGUCUCAGACAUCUGCCGCUCCAGGUUUGGGACCAGUAUUUUGUGUUGCAAAUGCAUAGAGCUGGUCUAGAUUGGGCACUAGCACCUACUAAUUGGGAAAUAUGUAUCAGUGGUCUAAUUAAGACUUUUUCUUCUAUGUCCUCUUUUAUGAGGUUUUGGUUGACAUUAUUUUAAAUCUGCAGAUGGCAUAGCUGGAUGCUCUGUUGGCAUAGGGUUAACUUCAUGUCACUCGAGUGCUUACAUGUAAAAUGGCUUUUUUCAGGAGAAAUCUUUUGCUCCCUGAUUACUGAAACCAUAAAAGUCCAUCGCUACAUGCAUAUAAACACACUGUGAGAUGUUUAGAGACUCAUCCUGGUCCAUUUUCAGUAUGAUGAGUAAAAUAAGCCCUGCUCUUAGAUUUGAAAGCUUUAACUCUCAUUGUUGGAAGUCAAAAAACCAUAAACCACUACAUCUGAAAAUGCAGACAAUUUCAGUUUGCUUUGUGUUGUAAUCACAAACUUUGGCCAGUUAUUAACAUGGGUGGAUUUUUCCUUCAGCAACAAGAAUCACAGGCUGCAUCGAACGAUCAUGUCAUUGAUUGUCGCGAUCAUAUUCACAUGCUUGUUUGUACAGUGACUGUUUUUAUUUUUGUUCUCCACGUGUUUUUACCCACAGCUUUCAGUAGAGUAACUGACCUCCGAGGCAUCUGAAGCAACACUAACUGGGCUUUCCAGAGCAGUGAAAGCGCUUUUAUUUUAUUUUGGUUUUCCAUUUUAGAGGCCUUGUUGUUUGUUUUUCAUAUUGAUGUAAAUUAUUUAUGUACAGUACUCCAUAUUUAUUUUAAGCUUUACAAAUAUGCUAGAUGGCAAUAAUACUACCAAGAGUUGAGAACUCAAGCCUUAUAUGUGUAUAUGUAUGUUUUCUUUCCUUUUUUAACAAGUGAAUUGAUCAUGUAUUCAGAGUCCACUACAAACAAAAAGGUCAUAUUCUGUCUUAUUUAAGAAGUGAACGUUACAGAUAAGUCUUUUUAAUUACAGUGAGGUUUUCUAGUCUUCAUGUUUUUACUUGUUACAGAUUGUGUCAUGGUAGAGAAAAAGAGCAUCUUAUUUAUGAAUAUGCACAUCUGAUGUUGGUAAUAAAUGCAGUUUGAACACUACAAGUUAUCAGUGUUUGAAGCUGAGAAGAAUCAUCAUUCGAUCGGUCUGACAGUAUUGGAAACGGAUCAAAACCACCGGCAAUCUCUACGGAAUAACCAAGUGCAAUAUUACCAAUCGAUGGCAAAGAUCAACACUGCGAAACACUGCAUCUCUCAUUGUUUGGACUCUUCUGUGUUGCCUCUUUUGCUUUUCUUUCUUUCUUUUUUUCUUAAUAGUCAUCUUUUCUGAUGCUCUAACCUGAGAGCAAUGAAGUAGAAAUUGAUGUGUAGCUUUAUUUUUACACGCCAGCCACAACCGUUAACCCGAUUAGCCUCAAAGUUUGAACUAAAAUACUGUUACUUGAACUUUAUACGCAAGAACUCUAACAAAUAAAAAGUUAAAACCAAAUAAUACACUACUGAAAGAACAGAUUCCCCUUUGUCAGCCUCUAAAACAAGGGGUGCACCAUUAUUGGCCAAAUAUCCAUACUGACACUGGUAUCGGCCAAAUAUCUGCAUCUUUGGUAGAUUUACAGAUAUUAGAGGCCAAUAUUUUGCAGCAAGAACUAAAAAGACCUUUUAAACAAAUUAGUUAUUUUACCUGACAUCAAGGGUGAAAUUUUGUGCAACAAAAACUGAAAAAAAAAAAUAUAUAUAAUUGCCCUUUGAAACAUCCAUUUCUGUGCUUUCCAAAUGAAAACACUACUAUGACUACAUAUCCAUAACAAAUAGAGCCUUUAAGUCAAAUCAAAUUCCUGCAUUUUUAAGUCAAGUUGUACUGUAUUUUCCAAUGAGAUGUCUCUCUACCUUAUUGUGUUUUUGUGCACACUGAAAAAAACUGAGAAUGU